AAACCACAAUGUCAUUGUGAAUUCAUUAUCAAUAUUUUUGUUACGCUAAUUUAGUCCUUCCUCCAUCGCAAAAAGAUGUAUAUUUAGAAGUACCCACUACCCAAGGUCUGAGUUUUUGUGAAUCUUCAAAUACGAAUAAUUGUUGUGUUUCCCUUGAAAUAUAUAAAUAUUGGAAUUUGUUAAAAAUAUCACAAAAACUAUGUCUACAGACCUCAGUGCCAGUUUUGCUGAACAAUAUAUGAGCAUAAACACUAAAUUGAAAAAGCGUUUCAUGAGGAAACCUAACGUCUCAGAAGCAACAAACGAAUUCAUAGGUUUAGCUAUACAGUGUGAACACUCUGAUCAGCCCACGUUUGCAGGGCACUGUUAUGUGGGGGCUGCCAAAUGUGAGGCUUCAGCUGGAAACUUCCUAGGAGAGGCAGAACACUACCUGACAGCUGCUCGGCAGUUUAUGAAAGCAGAGAAGAAGCUAUGGGCGCUGAGGACUUACAGCCCUGAGAGAGAAAAUUUAGAGGCAGCUAUUGGAUGUUUCAUUCAAGCACUAAACAGGUAUCCCGAAAAAUCACUUCUCCGCACCUCUAUAUUGCUUGAACUUUCCAAUGAUCUUGUCCACCUCAACAAGAAGUCCGAAGCAGCAUGUUAUUUUGAACAAGCUUUAGAAACAGUUGUGGAUAACACCAUGAGGAUUAUGUGUUUAAGGAAUUUACUCAACUUGCAGAUAGAUUGUGAAAAAUAUGUUAUUGCCUUAGAAACGGCUAAUAAACUAUGCGACGGUAAAUUCAAUUUACCUGAGGAUCUUUUAGCUGAAGUCCAAGUGAGUAGAAUAUUGCUUACACUUCUCGCCAAGCCCACGGACGAGAACAAACCGGCGUCACUCAACCAACUGUUUAAUGAUCUGAUGAAUGAUAAUGAUAGUGAUACAAUUCCAUUCAACACAGAUCUUCGCUUGAAGCUCCAAUCAAUAGUCGUGAGUCACGGACUCGGGGACGCCGAGUCACUCGUGUCCGUAACAUCAGACACCAAACAUCUACUUACAUCGCAACAAGUUGAAAUGCUACAGAAAAUAAUUACUGAACAGCGAUUAGAACAGCUUUCAUUGAAAUAAUUAAGCUAUGAUAAUAAUUUAAGGAUAUUAUAAAUGUGAUAUAAUUAAAAUGUUCUUACGAUAUGAUCUCUACCGUAAUUUACGAUCGAUGCAAAAAAUAUUUCUAAUAUUGUAUUAGAAAUUGUAUGGUGUAUAUGUCCAAUUACUUGGAAGUGGGUACACAAUAUAUAAUAAGCACAUCUCAAUAUAGGUAAUUCCAAUUCUAUAAUAAUUGAUGUAUAUUAUUUAAAAAUGUAUGAAUUAAAGACUCAACAUAAAA